UCGUCUCCAUCAUCAUCGUCUCCAUCACCAUCGUCUCCUUCACCAUCGUCACCAUCACCAUCGUCUCCUUCACCAUCGUCUCCAUCAUCAUCGUCUCCAUCACCAUCGUCUCCUUCCCCAUCGUCACCAUCACCAUCGUCUCCUUCACCAUCGUCUCCAUCACCAUCGUCUCCUUCACCAUCGUCUCCAUCACCAUCGUCUCCAUCACCAUCGUCUCCAUCAUCAUCGCCACCAUCAUCAUCAUCGUCACCAUCGUCUCCAUCAUCAUCGUCUCCAUCAUCAUCAUCGCCACCAUCAUCAUCAUCGCCACCAUCAUCGUCUCCAUUAUCAUCGUCACCAUCAUCAUCGUCUCCAUCAUCAUCGUCUCCAUCACCAUCGUCUCCAUCACCAUCGUCCCCAUCACCAUCGUCUCCAUCACCAUCGUCUCCAUCACCAUCGUCCCCAUCACCAUCGUCCCCAUCACCAUCGUCUCCAUCACCAUCGUCUCCAUCAUCACCAUCAUCAUCAUCGCCACCAUCAUCGUCUCCAUUAUCAUCGUCACCAUCACCAUCGUCUCCAUCACCAUCGUCU